AUGAUGUCCUCAACCAACGAAGAGGACCCCUUCCUCCAAGUCCAAGCCGACGUCCUCUCAGCCCUCUCUCACACCCGCCCCCUCUUCACCUCCUACCUCCGCAUUCGCAGCCUCAGCACGCACCCCCACUCCCCCGAACUCCUAUCCGCGCGCCACGAACUCGAAACCUCCCUCUCCUCGCUAGCAGAAGACCUCUCGGACCUGAUAGAGUCCGUCCAAGCCGUCCAAUCAGACCCGUACAAAUUCGGGCUCGAGAUCGAGGAAGUGGCUCGCCGGACACGGCUGGUGGACGAGGUGGGCGGCGAGGUCGAGGACAUGAGGGAGGAGUUGGAGAAGAGUAUUAUUUCCACUGCGCAGAAUGGGAAUGGGAAAGGGAUUGAGGGAGAGGGGAGAGGGGAUGAUAGGGAUUAUAAUGCGGAGUUUGAGCACCAGCAGCAGCUUACUAUGAUGGCGGACCAGGAUCGGGAUCUUGACGGCGUGUUUCGGACGGUGGGGAAUCUGCGGCAGCAGGCUGAUGAUAUGGGGAGGGAGUUGGAGGAGCAGGCGGAGAUGUUGGAGACGACUGAUAAUCUGGCGGAUCGGGUUGGAGGGCGGUUACAGACGGGGAUGAAGCGGAUGGGGGAGGUGAUUAAGAAGAAUGAGGAUGGGUUGAGUAGUUGUUGUAUUGGGGUGUUGAUAUUUGUGUUAAUUUUGUUGCUGGUAUUGGUGCUGGUAUUAUGA